UGAGUGCACGUGUCAAUGAUGCCAGCAGACCGGACUGAACGUCACAUUCCUGCAUUCCCUUUUCCCUUAGUGUGGGACGUCGGAGUUGCCACUGGAUAGCUAAUCCUCUUCCCCCCUCGCUUUCUUUUAGAGAAACACACCCAUGACACGGCGGAUUUAAUCUCUGGAGGCGACCCCAGGUUCGCCAGGAGUUCGCAUUUCACUUCGGGUCACUUUCCUUUCUCCCUCCCUCCCCUUCCUCCCCCUCCACCCAUCACUGCACCCGUUGCCAUGGAGAGCUCUUCGGUGGCGUCUGCGUCGUCCGAGGCUGGGAGCACACGCUCGCAGGAGAUAGAAGAGCUGGAGCGCUUUAUCGACAGCUAUGUGCUGGAGUAUCAAGUGCAAGGGCUUCUGGGAGAAAAGGCAGAUGGAGACUUGGACUUGGACAGUAGCUGCAAGGUACCCCAGUGGACAGAUGACUGCAAUGAUAAAAAAGAUGGUAGCUGGACAUCAUCACAAGGACGAGGCACAUCUAAGCCAGAUGAAUGGGAACACAGCAGUAAUGGCAGCACAGGUUCCAGGCCCAGUUCAGGGUCCAGACCUGGAUCUGGCUCACGAUCUGGCAGCAGGGGGCACAACAACCAGUACAAAGGCUCUGCCAAGAAUGGCAACAGAGAGGGAUCCUUUGACAUCCUGGGGACAGACAUAUGGGCUGCUAACACAAUGGACUCACAUGGAGGUGCAGGCUGGGACGUGCAGCCAGAGAAGCUGGACUUUAGCCAUUUUCACAGAAAACACUUCAGAGGAACGCCAAAGCACCUGCCACACAUUGACAGAGAAGGGAUGAUCAAAAACAAGUUUGAAGAAGAUGACGGUAUAGACAUGAACGACAUAGAAAGGUUCCUACCCCAUCUUCGCUCGGUCUUCCCACCCCUUCCUAACGAGGCUGAGAUCGCACACACCAAAAAGCUCUUCCGGCGCAGGAGGAACGACCGACGAGCAUUUGAUCAGUUCACCCGAGACCAGUUAACCGUACUUCUGCCUACUGGCCCAGGGGGAAAGCGUCAAGUCUGUGCCAGGAGACAGCAGCGGCCUCACGGCGGCGGAGGUGGCGGAGGAGGGAAGAACCAGCCUCAGUCACCGCAGCAGCAGAGGGAUCAAAACCAGCAGCAGUCCCCAAACCAGCAACAGCAGAGUUCAGCAGAACAAGGAGAUAACAGAAACAGUUGCGCCGGUCGGCCCCCUCGCCAGUACCAAGGAGGACAUGGGCAGCGCCAAGGAGGGCCCUCACAUCACGGAUACAGCCAGAACCGGCGUUGGCACAACAAUCAGAAAGGUCAGGGGCAUGGACAGACAAACGCUACGGGUGAUAAAGGAGUACCCCCAAGAACAACCAAAGACAAAGAGACUGAGAAUGUAAAACUGGGUGACGAGCACAUCAGACCUCUUCUAGACUGCAGCAGCAAGAGUCUCAGUGAGUCACCCAAAUCUGACUCGACGCCAAACACGACCGCUUUCCCCGAUCUGACGGCUUACAAGGAAUCUCCCAACACACCGCAAAGUGGAAAGGCAAGCGAGGGCCAGUCGGAGCAGCCCAAAAUCUGCCUUCUGCAGUCGUCAAAGGAGAGGCUGAGGAGGAGACUAAAGGACAAGGAGGAAGCAUGCGUGCAGCAGUCGGGCCCCGGAUCACGGAAUAUGGACCGGCUAGUGGAGCUUCUCAACAGCAUGAGGAGCAACAGCAGUGGAGUAGAGCAACAGCUGGCGUCCUUCAUGGAGGAGGCGCAGUCCUCGGCCCGUUCGGAGGAAACCCUCGCUCAGGUGGUCAGCGCGAUCUACUCCAAGGCCGUGUCGGACAGGAGCUUCGCGGCAACAGCUGCGAAGCUCUGCGACAAGAUGGCGCUGUUCAUGGUGGAGGGGACCAAGUUUAGAUCGCUGCUGCUCAACAUGCUGCAGAGGGAUUUUUCCCGCCGCGAGGAGCUCCAGCAGUCAGAUGUGGAGCGGUGGUUGGGUUUCAUCACCUUCUUGUGCGAAGUGUUUGGUACCAUGAGGAGCUCCGGCGAGCCGUUCAGGGUGCUGGUGUGUCCCAUCUACACUUGUCUACGAGAGCUGCUAGAGUCGACGGAUGUUAAGGAAGACGCAGUCCUCUGCUGCUCCAUGGAGCUGCAGAGCACAGGCCGACUGCUGGAAGAGCAGCUCCCCGAGAUGAUGACAGAGCUCUUAGCAGCUGUCAGAGACAAGAUGCUUUGUCCCGCCGAAUCUCCGCUGACUCGCUCUCUGCUCAUGGAGGUCAUCGAACUGCAUGCGCACCGUUGGAGCCCCCUGGAGGCUCUCACUACCCAGUACUACAACCGUACCAUCCAAAAGCUCACCACCACUGCCUAGGUGCCGGCUCCCACAGGAGAAGAGGAGAUGUGUCCUCCUCACCCCGACGAAACAGAUGUUUUGUGGUUUUGCAUUGUAAUAAUCUCUGUUGCCUAAAGAAGUAAAUGUCGCUAUUGAGCUUAACUGUAAAUUCCAUUAUUAAAAAACAAAACAGAUAAGAAAAGGUGACCACUACCACAGACAAAUCAUGUAAGAGCCUCGUAACAGGUAACCCAAAAAGCCAACACUACAUGUGCCACAUUUGGCACACAUUUGAGAAGAUGGUAACUGAUAGGUAGUCAGUGUGGGUGUGUUCGGCCACAUGGAGCCUGAGAGCUUGGCUGGCUGCUGGAUAAAGGAGGGAAGAGACAAGAGAGGGGUCACGUAGCAGAGAGGAGGAGAGGGCAGCGGUCUGUCCGUGGGGAAUAGAGAGAUCUGUGCCCAGAGAUGAAUGGAGAAUGGAGAGCGAAGGGGCGGGUGGGGGCCGGGGUGGUCUGUGUCAGUCUCUUCAUUGUGUUCGUUUGCCACACCUCCCCUCCUCCCCUUCCCUCUUCUGUCUCUCCGUUAGCCCCCAGGGUCUGUGUGGCUGAUAAAAGAGAGGAGGAGGCAGGGAGCAGACACAGUGCUGUCUGUCUGGGCUGUCUGCCCUGCCAGGCCAGGGACCAGGUCAAAGGGCCUCGCUGUGGAGCCCCCCACAGCUCCUCCCUGCCUUUGUCUCCCCGACCCCCCCCCAGUAGGAAGCCCUUUUGAGGGGAUGAGACAGCGGGCCUGCUGGGCCAGGCUGGGUUGGGGAUAAAGAUCAGGCUGGCUAGAGUAGGGUGACAGAUGGCUGCUUGAGCCCCUGUGAGACGACACACUCCAAGCACACCCCACUGGCACCCCAACUCCCUGUUCCCCAAGCUCAGCUCCACACAGCCAAUAGAAGCAGUAGAAAUAUUGCAGAGGGUGGGGUGAGGGGGGAGCAGCAUUAGGAAAUUAAAUCAGACACUGCUGUCUGAUAAUUCCUUUGUUUUUGUCUUGCUACGGAAUGUCUCUUCUCUUGUUAAGCCGUGCACGUCUAUGCUUUGUUAACCACAUCAUCAUCAUCAUCAUCAUAUUUUUUUUAUCAUUUAUUGUUUUUGGUUAUCAAUGUUUCAUUUUGAAGUCCUGUUUUAAUGGUAAUAUGUAUGAGAUAUUAUAGUCGUAGGCCUUAUUGCACAGGAUCGAUUUGUUUUGCACUGUUUUGAGGCGAUUUGCUUUAAAAACUCGGAAAAAAACAGAAGUAGGAAGUUUGAAUUGGAAUCGGUGCUUGCAGAGUAACGGUGAAUUCAAGUAGAGAGAGGUCUGAGUUGAGCAUAGUGAGGGAUUUGAGGAUGUUUUAAUGGACUAGUGGCCUUGUCAAUUAUCCUUUUUUUCUCCCUUGUUUGGGGCACAGCAGCGAGCGUGCUGAGGACUUUAUUGCAUCGUUGUGUUGUUGAAGGAAAUAUAUAUAAAUAUAAAACAACAGAAAAAGUGAUGUGACAACUAAAAGAAAAAAAAUAAGCAUGGCACACAAUGAAGCAGAAGUACAACGCUUCUUUACAAUUUCCUCCUACGCAAGCCAUUCUUUGCAGUGGACGUUUGUUUAAUAUCGACUGUAUUUUGGUCUUGAUUUUUUUUUCCUUUUGGAGAGAAAUGACAACUAUUAACCUGUGUAUUUGAAAAUGACAAUGACGACAAGAAAAAUCUUAACUGUUUGACCUCAUAUUAGCUAGUCAUGUGUGACCCUUAUUCCAGCUAACGUGUGUACUGCGAUAGUCAUACCAAGCCAAUCACGUUUGUUUGGGGUUUUUUUUUAAUGGGCUCUCUAUAUAUAAUCUGCAUACAAUAUAUUUACAAGUAUUUUUUAAAAAGAACAUGGGAGGACAAAAAAACACUUAAAUUUGGGGAAUAAUGCAGCAGUGAUGUUACACAUAGGAAGACUGUGGUUGUGUGGCUACAAGUUAGCUCAUGCUUUUUCAUCAGGAAGUAGCUGUUUGGGAGUAAUCACACACACAUAUAUGCUUAGUUCCCACUGAUUCUCUGUGGGCGGUUUUUAUAUUAUUAUUAUUUUUUGUGUCUUGCAUCAAGAAUUAAGAUCCUGUGUGGUAGAAACACACCCCAGAAGAUUAGUUAGAUGAGAUGGGUGACUUUUAUUUUCCUUUUUUAAGCUCAGAUGUUUUUUGAAGAUGCAUCCCAAUCAUCUGUACGUGUGUGUGUCUGCUUAAGAAGUGAUCUGUUUUAAUGUUUUGUCUUUUGUUGUCGUCUUAUUUUGUUUUUAGGUUUGUAUUUAAAUUAUAUUUAGCUCAUUUAUAUAUAUAUAUAUAUAUAUAUUAAAAAGAAACAUUUUUUUUCUUCUGGUGGGUUUUUAAACACAUCUGAAGCAGUGAUACCUAGCUUGCUGGCAAGUGUGUAAGUUUGGUAUUUCUGGAUUUUCCUUUGUGAAAAAAGAAAGAAGGCCAUCAGUCAGUAUCCAUUAUGCAAAGAGCGGUUCCCUCUCUCAGCAGAUUGGGGCAGGUGGGGAUUGCCCCAUCGUCUGUGGCACCCCCUCCCCCCACCUCCAACCCCUUGUGCCCUUAGACCCCUGUGCUCGGGUCACGUGACUCAAUCGACGACUGAAUGAGAUGCACCCUCAUUUGGAUAUUCUUGUGAAUCUUGACAAAACGAGCGGGCCGGCCGACGCGUGAACGAGCUUUUUGGAUUGACGACGGUGGGUCAUCUGUGAUGAGCUUUUGUUUUUGUUUUUCUAAGCAGCUGAAAAAAAUAAACUAACAGGAAAGAAAAGAUGUGCUGGAAUAAA